AUGGACAGGAGGUGCCUGAUGAAAUGGGCAUCGGCCAUAUCUGAGGAAUCCAACCUGGAGGCUGCGCUGGCUGGUUGCGCCGCGUCAAUCCGGGAGCAAUUGGGAGAAGCGCCGCAGCUUGCCGUUGCGUUCGUGUCGCCCCACUACCAGCCUGACUACGGGCGGGUUGGUCCCCUGCUGAGUGAGCCGCUCGGGGCAGAGCACGCGUUCGGCUGCUCGGGCGGAGGGAUCAUCGGAGCCGGGGUGGAGGUCGAGCAGCGUCCUGCAGUGUCUGUCACCGCAGCCACUCUCCCUGGAGUGGAGAUCGAGGCGUUCCAUCUCGAAGGGGACAAGCUGCCGGAUCUUGAUGCCGGGCCGGACAAAUGGACCGAACUGCUGGGAGUGAUGGACUCCCAGGACCCGCAAUUCGUGCUGCUGGCUGACCCAUCGGUGGCCUUUGCCAGUGGGGCCCAGCGCCCUGGCGACAACGCGUUGUUUCUGGACGGCCAGAUGCAUGGUUCGGGGGCUAUUGGCCUGGCGCUGCAUGGGAACAUAACGGUCGACACCGUGGUGGCGCAGGGCUGCAGACCGAUAGGCGAGGCCAUGCGUAUCACUUCCAGCCAUCGCAACGUCCUUGCGGAGCUGGACGGCAAGGCUCCAAUGGCGGUGCUGCAAGACCUGUUCCGCACUCUGUCAGAACGCGAUCGCCAGCUGAUGGGGCACUCCCUGUUCCUUGGCGUCGUGAUGGACGAGUUCUUGGACACCCCGGUGCAGGGAGAUUUCCUGAUACGGAACGUGGUUGGCAUGGACCAGAAAACCGGGAGCCUGGCCAUCGGCGAGAUGCUGAAGGAGGGGCAGGUGGUCCAGUUCCACCUUCGGGACGCUGAUACCUCGGCAGAGGACCUGACGUUCGUUUUGGAGCGCUAUGCCGCCGACAACCGGGAAAACGAGGUGCCUGGUGCGCUCCUGUUCUCUUGCCUUGGUCGUGGUCAGUACCUCUACGGGCGUCCCAACCACGAUACGGAAAUAUUCCAAGAGAAGCUGGGACAGGUGCCGCUGGGAGGAUUCUUCUGCAAUGGGGAGAUUGGCCCUGUUGGCGGAACAACGUUCCUCCACGGGUACACCAGUUCCUUUGGUCUGUUCCGCUCCCGUUCUUAA